UAUGUGUUGGCAGUUGUUGGUUUUUCUCAUACAAAUAUUGUACGGGUUUUAUUUCAUAUGACCAAACAACACACGAACCAACACCAGUGUCACUAGUCGCUUCUCGUUACUCAGCAGUUAAGCAUUACAGCAAGGCAAAGCGCUAAAGUACACUGAGCCGGAAUAGAAUUGACCAAGGGGCGAAGCAAGUGAGAACAUCAAUAUAAAAUAAGUAAACAGUAACAAGAACAAAUAAGAGGGAAGUGUGUGAACUACCUACUCGAAUGAUAUAAAAGGUGCCUGCUACUUCGUUCCUAGUAGGAGAGACGCGACCACAAGGCCUCAAGGCGAGCCGAGUAAAGUGUUUGGAAACAUCGUCCAUUGGCAGUAUCCGUUCGUCAGGUGGAGCUAUACUGCACAUCGAGCAAUGUGUUGAUCGCGCACUGGGGAGCAUCAGAAGAGUAUACGAUCAACGCACACUUGCAUACUUGCAUACUGGCUCUCACAUAUGUUAAUAGGUACAUACAUACGUGUAUGUUCGUAUGCGCAUUGCUAAAAGUGGGGGACGGCGAAAGAGAACGCCAAGCUACGGAAGCAAGUGGUUAAUCACCGUUGAAGCUGCAGCUGCAUACAGCUGUUAAACUGCACCUGCAAGUGUGUGUUGAGAGCGGCGCAUGCAUACGUUCGUAACCAAGCGAUGCAACAAUAAUAAUAACAAUAACAACCGAUUUAAUGAGAAACAAAACAGCAAGUCAUACUAGUACUGCACUGUAGUCUUACCAAAGCCUUCAUUUCGUUGAUUUGUCAAACUGCAUACAGAGCACGAGUGGGUGUAACGAGAACGAGUGUGUCGAAACACGAGGUGGGAAAGUGAAGUUGGCGUUAAAUAAAUACAAAUACGCAGUGAAGAACAACAGUACUUUUGAUUUCGAGCGGUUUUUUGCUAGUUUAAAAGAAAGCAAUUCCUCCAUCAAGAUAAACAUAUGUACAUAUGUAGUUACAUCGGAAAAGAAUUUUAAAUCGUGAAUAAUUGAACGCAUCAGUCAUUUGUCCCAGUUUCUCAACUAAAAACCCAUCGAACUUGCAUUCAAUUGACAGCCACCAAUAACCAAAUCGGCUAUCAUGACCACUAAACCGUCCAAGCGCGCCAGCAAAGGGGUGAAAAGCCGCAACGAGCGCAACAUAUUGACAUUCUACGAGAAGAUUGCCGUCAUACACUACUACGAUGAGACAAGCGUAUCACGAAAUCGCUUGGCAAAGCUGUUCCACUGUUGUGCCACACAAAUUCGACGCAUUCUCGAACACAAAAAUGAACUGCUCCAGCAAUUGGCCACACUCAGCGAGUCUGAUGCCACCAACUUUAUUGAAGAAAUGACACGUAAGCGACGCAAAUUCGAAAUGAGCGCAAUUAGUUUCAUUCUGCAUCAGUGGGUGGAACGCUGUAGGGAGUUGCGGCUGCGUAAAAGAAUAACCAAUCAGACGCUCAAGGACACGGCACUCAAAAUGGCAGCUUUACUAAAUUUGCCCAGCUUCCGGCCAUCGUAUAGAUGGUUGGAUCGCUUUCGUAGCAAAUACAAAUACACGGACGAAGAUUUGGGCACGACCGACCCGAAUGCGACGGACGGUGAGCUUGCCGUGGAAGAUAUCAUCAUCGAAUUUAAAGACGCGCUGCCGAACUUCAUGCAAACAGAAAUUUCAACAAUCACCGCACUUGAUAAAACAGUGAAUACAGAAAUGGCAAAGAAAAGUGGUGAAGUGCAAGGAGAAAGCAGUGAAAAUAGCGUUGAUUGUGUGCUCAGCGAUGACGAUGAAGUGGAAGAGGGGGGAGAUGGUGCCAUCGAAAUUGACGAUGAAAAUACAACGGUAGUGAGUGAGUCCAAAGACUGCAGUGCUAGUGCACCCAACACCAAUGCAAAUACUCCUUGCGCGACGAGCAGCGCUAAUCAGGAGGAAAAUACCGAACAAAUUAAAAUGAAUGCAGGCACCACAGCGGUUCUAGGCAGUGUAUUCCCUCAUCUAGCUGUCAUACACCAGUUUGCAUUGUUGAACGCCGAUGUGAAGGCUCUGGAGUUGAUCUCACAAUUGGGUGUACAUAUGCAAAGGCAGGCAAUCGAGGGAGCAUACAAACAGCUGACGCUGGCGUCAACGAGUGAUGAGGCAAAUGCAGAAAAUGCGCAGACUGAUGUUAAUGGUCUAUAUGCAGCAGAUCUUGAUGAUAUUGUGCUGAUUGAAUGAAAUACGAGUAUUUCAUAUACACAUACAUAUUUAGUAACUAUUUAAAUGCGUACAUAGUUUGUACAGACAUAUGAAUUACAAUACAAGCGCUUAUGGAGCGAAAACCAUACGUUGCCCUUUAAAUUGGAAAUGAAUGACCGCCUUAAAAUUUUGUAUAACAAUACACACUUGUAUCAUAAGUUCUAGAAUUAGUGUAAUCUUUUUAAUAAGCAAAGUGUGAAUUUAAUAGCAUACCGAGAUGAAUAAGAAAAUGUCCUUGGUUCAUAAGAAUAAAAGUUUAAGGAAAUGAAGU